ACCCCAGAAAAACAGGAAACCCGAAAAAAAAACAUGCCCUCUCUUAGAACAACCAUCACCAGGGUCACAAUUUUUCUGCUUCUCACCAUCUUCUUCCCCACCAUCACCUUCUCAUCUGUCACUGUUCCCAUCUUAGGGCUGGAUUCCUUCCUCACCCAACAAUCCCGUCUCGACCCACAAGCCUCCAAUGACUCCUUCCUUUCUCUCUCUUCUUCCCUCAAGAAAUCCCUCUCCCACCAAUCCUUCGCUACCGUCUCUUCUCUCCUCUCCUCUCUCCUCUCCCUCGAAGUCUCUGUCUCCGUCAAUGUCAAGCUCGUCGGCUCUUUCUCCACCAAGUCUCCGUCUCUCCUUUCCUCUUUCAUUUCCGCCACUCACUUCUCCGAUCAGUUCCAUGUCAUCGGUUCCCCCGACCCUCAUCAACUCUCCAUCAAACACUCCCUCCAUUUCGAUGCUUCUCCCUCUCCCUCCCUUGCUUCCCAGAUCUUUGAAUCUAUUCGCUCUGAGAUCGAAAAAUCUCCAUCCAGCCUCCGAAGUUCUCUUCACUCCGUUCCUUACUCCGUCGUAGAUCGAAUUGUUAAGCAGGAUUUCGAGAAGGAGAAGCCCGUCGAAGGGGUUCACAUUUACUUGCUCAAUUUGAAUUCUCAAUCCAAACCCUACGCUUAUACCUAUGGCUUUGGGGAUUCUUCCCCUGCUUUUACCAAAUGCUUGGGCAAUAUUUGGACUGGGAAAGAUCGGUACUUGUGGAUUGAUUUGGCUGCUGGACCGGUUGAUUACGGCCCUGCUUUGUCUGGUGAUGGUGUCCUUCCAGGUGGGGAAUUUCAUCCGUUGGCGACGAUGCAUGGUCGUCCCAAGUCUCAGAAAUCAUUGCUUGCGGAUUUGGCGUCUUUGGUUUGGAGUGCCUAUCAGGUUCUGUUGGUUCCUUCUUUGAGAAUUCCGAUUCCAUUUGAGAAUUCGCUCAUAGUGCAGUUUAUUCAUGUUCAUGGCUCUGAAGGUAAGGACAUGCAUGGAUUAGACUGGAAAUCGAUUGAGAGAACGUUCAUGGAUGAGGUUAGUGACGGGGGUUUGUUGCUAGGGGAUCAAUCGUUGAGGUUUAGGACUUAUGAGGUCGUGUUCUCGGAAUGUUCGAUCUGUUCAUUUGCAAUUUCACGCUCGAUGAAUUCGUACACUUCGAGAUUCUUGUUUGAAAAUUAUACAUUGAUUGUCAGCGAGUAUUUGGACUCGAAGCGUUUGCAUCAGAUACUAUCUGAUUCCGCUGAUCAGUUGAGGAAAGCGGCAGGGGUUCCUGAGGAGGAUUUCGGUAGGAUUCUUCCGGUAUAUGUGUUUGAUUUGGACCUCAAUAGGAUGGUAUUGCUUGAUCGGUACCACCAGUCAGUUGCUUUUAGAGAUAUGGUUAUUGCAGUAAGAACAAGGAGUGGUCAGACUGUGAGUGAUUAUAGCUGUAAUGGCCGUCAUGUCAUCACACAGACAAGGGAACUUGAGAGACCCCUCGUUGGUUCAAUUCUUCAGAGUAUGUGGGGAGUGUCACCAACCCAUCUGUUGUGGAGCCCUAGACAUAACAGUACUCUGAUGGAUUAUACCUGGAGUGUUGGCCAGACUCCAUUUGGGCCAUUUUCGGAGAUUUCAUCUUUGUCAUUUGUGCAGAAGGAUGCAGCUCGGAGAAAUGUUCUUCUGACAUCUUUGAAUUACAGUAUUACAAGUGCAAUUGAUGUGCUUGACUCAAUAUCUGCAUUUGGUGGAGACAGAAAUAUGCUUAAACAGAAUAGACAUGUUGAGUUUGUGCAGAGGUGGAAUUUGUUUAAGUACAAAUUAGAUAAAGCUGUUUCUGCAUUGUCUCAUAUGGAUUAUGAAAUGGCUUUAUAUUACUUGAGGUCGUCUGACCAUGAUUUGUAUUCACUCCACUCACUUGUUUACUAUGCAUCACAAGAACUUGAGGCCUCUCUUGUUUGCUUCAAGGAUCCUCCAUUUCCUUGGGCUUCAGUAUCAGUGGCUGGGGUAUGUUUUUGUUCUAUCAUCUAUGCUUACUCCAAAAGAGAAAUGCUCUUUAGAAACAAAAGAAAGCAGUUUUGACACGUCCAAAGUGUUUGAGUUUGUACCAAUUGGACAUUUUGCAACUAUGUCAUUUUGUAACUGAGUUAUAAUGCCUAUUGAAAGACAGGUACUCAGAUUGGUCCUUCAUAUGGAUUUAGCUGGAUUUUUACUCACUUAUGAGAUUUAACAUACCUUUCUUUUCUUGCUCUUGAUAUUAUAUUUCAUGAGUUUCUAUAAGUAAAUCUGUAGUUGCUGGUAA